CAGAAAGUGCCACGGUGCGAUGCAUCAACGAAGGGGAGUACCGCCUAGUGGAGCCACCAUCUCCUACCUACCCGGCUAAUUCCUACUCCCUCCUCUUUUACCCUCUCUUACUAUGACCCUCGAUCAAAGCAGCGAUGGCAAGCCUGAGAAGAGCCUUCCUCAACGCCCACCAAAUCCUAAAGUCCUCUGCUUUACCAAUUCCCACUCGAACGGAGUCCCUUUUCAGGCCGCAUUAUGGUUGGAUUUCUCGAUUUUCUUCUGCUGAUAUUAAUAACCCUCAAGCAUUAGAUAUUGAUCUCUCUAAUGAAGAGAGCAAAAGACGCCUUUUCAACAGACUGUUAUAUAGGAGCAAACAGAGAGGAUUUUUGGAAUUGGAUUUGGUUCUUGGUAAAUGGGUGGAGGAGCAUAUCCAUUCCAUGGAUGAAAAUGGAAUCAAAGCUCUUGUUCACGUCCUUGAUUUGGAAAAUCCUGACCUCUGGAGAUGGUUAACUGGUCAGGAGAAACCCCCUGAGGCUGUGAGCAUUAAUCCUGUCUUCUCCGCAGUUCAAGAGAAGGUCAUGGGAAACCUCAACAGCCAUGCUGCCCCUGAGACACGAGCAACACCUGGCCAACCAUGGGUAAGAGGCUGGGAUGAUAUAAAGAAAGGUCGUGAUGGCCCUAUCACUGGAAACCAGUAGAUCCUUUACCAGUUUUAGACGAUAUAUCAUACCUGCCCUAAAGGAUGUUUUUUUGUAACAAAUGUAGGACAACGUAUGUAUCUUCUGAGUAACUAGUUAUAAUAAUGUGAAUAAGGACACUGCACUAGUGUGAACCGGUUGGAUUAAAGAGCUUUCCCCUUGGACAUAGAUCUUGAUAUGAUCUUCUAUCAAUAAUAUUGUCCUCAAAUGUUUGUUUUAUA